AUGACCAGAACGACACCAAGCAAGUACCUCCGUUCUACGAGCUUAACGGCCGAGGGUAACCAGCCAUGUGCUAGUUGUAAGGCCAUGCCGAGUACUACCACCACAGAGAUAUACCCAAAGUCGGGAGAAACCUACAUAAUUCGCGAGAAAUCUUCGAGAGGCAUCAUAGCCCUCCAAGACUGCGCAGUACGGCUGUUACCUGAAUCCAAAGAAAUGGCGAGCUUCCCUCGUUUACUUAAUAGCUGUCAUUGGCAUUGUAUUCGAAGGAAGAGUGAUGGCUGGUUCAGUUUCCGCAAUGCGACUUCGGGCACACAUUUGGGGUACGAUUACAAGAAUUCUAUGAAAUUGCCCGGAGAGGAAUUGGUUAUGGGGCCUGAAGUUGAAAAUGACAAAGUCGGCAAUUUCCAGCUCUUUUAUCACCAUAUCUCGCUACGCGAGGUGAAAAUUAUUGCAGCCAGGAAGAUCGGACAUUUUGGGAAUUCACAAAGGCUUAGCUGCAUGCUUGUUCUCGAGUUGAUUGUUUACUACAAACUCGCUGUUAAUGGGUUGAUCCAGGGAAGGAGAAUGAAUGUCUAG